AUGAUAAUUGGUGCUGAAGUAUAUUAUGACUUACUCGAAGCAGGCAAAAAGAGGUUGAGCGAAAGUGGCCCAACAUUGCAAGAAACUGUUUUUGGGUGGGUGAUCUCCGGGCGAGUAUCUGAUCAAGCUCGCAGUCCAUUAACGGCUACCUACGUUAGUUCCACUGUGGAUCUCCAAGAGGUAAUCGCUAGGUUCUGGGAGUUAGAGGCCUGCAAGGCCAGCAGCACUCACUCACUUGAAGAGACUGCAUGCGAAGAACUGUUUGAGCGCACAACCAUCCGCGAUGCUGAAGGGAAAUUUGUAGUAACACUACCAAAACGGAAGUUAGAGAUUGUGAAGCUAGGAGAAACGAAAGGCAUUGCGCAAAAGCGGUUUGCUAGUUUGGAGACAAAACUCGACGCUAAUCCAAAAUUGAAGGCGAUGUAUGUUGAAUUCAUCCAUGAAUACGUGCUGUUGGGACAUAUGAAAGAAGUCGACGAUGAACUAUGCCAGGGGCCUGAAUACUAUUUGCCUCACCAUGCAGUAAUAAAGCCGGAGAGUACUACGACGAAGCUCCGUGUAGUUUUUGACGGUUCGUGUCGCACGUCAACCGGUGUCUCUUUGAACGAUGCGCUGAUGGUAGGGCCGGUCGUUCAGGACGACUUGUUCUCGAUUAUUUCCCGUUUCCGCUUCCAUCGCUUCGCUCUCGUUGCCGAUGUGGCCAAAAUGUACCGAAUGAUUCCACGGUUAAGACGUUCAGACUACGAUGGGACACGUGUGCGGAUAGUUUUUGCUUCACUUUUCCGCAGUGGAGGUCCACCGCAUCAGUUAUCACCAAGCGAAGUAUUCAUUCCGAUGCUGCAUGCCUAUUUGAUCCAUUAG